AUGGUGGCCCGCUCGCCCGCUCGGCACGGAGGCGGCGGCGGCGGCCGGCGCUGGCCGCGGGCGGCCGCCUGGCUGUGGUUGGCGGCGGCGCUGGGCGCCGUGUGGCCGCCUCGGGGCUCGCUGGUGCAGGGCCGGCGGCUGAUCUGCUGGCAGGCGGUGCUGCAGUGUCAGGGGGAGCCCGAGUGCAGCUACGCGUACAACCAGUACGCCGAGGCGUGCGCCCCGGUGCUCCUGCAGCACCAGCCGCCGGCGGCGGGCGGCGGGGACGGCCCGGCGGGCGCUGCAGGAGCGGCCGCCUCGUCCAGGCGGCGGUGUCCCAGCCACUGCAUCGCGGCGCUCAUCCAGCUCAACCACACCCGGCGUGGCCCGGCGCUGGAGGACUGCGACUGCGCGCAGGACGAGAACUGCCGCGCCACCAAGCGCGCCAUCGAGCCCUGCCUGCCCCGCACCAGCAGCCCCGCGGGCGGCGGCCCCGGCGGCCCCGGCCCCGGCGGCCCCGGCGUCAUGGGCUGCACGGAGGCGCGGCGGCGCUGCGACUGGGACAGCCGCUGCAGCCUGGCGCUGAACCGCUACAUGACCUACUGCGGGAAGCUGUUCAACGGGCUGCGCUGCACGCCCGAGUGCCGCGCCGUCAUCGAGGACAUGCUGGCCGUGCCUAAGGCCGUGCUGCUCAACGACUGCGUCUGCGACGGGCUGGAGCGGCCCAUCUGCGAGUCGGUCAAGGAGAACAUGGCCCGCCUCUGCUUCGGCGCCGACAUGGGCGGCAACGGCGCGGGCAGCAGCGGCGGCUCGGACGGCGGCCUGGAGGAGUACUACGACGAGGACUACGAGGAGGAGCCGAGCCAGAAGGGGAGGGACGACGCGGAGGACAAUGCGGGCGCCGAGCCCGGCUUCCCCGUGCAGGCAGAUAACGCCGGUCGGCCCGCCGGGGCGGCCGGGGCGCUGCUCGCCUCCAUCUUGGUGCCGCUGCUGCCGCGGCUCUAGCAUUCCUUCCUUCCCGCACGCCUCCCUGCCUGCUUCCCA